CGAUCCUGGCGGGCCAUGGCGGCGGCGGAGGGCGGCCAGAGCUUAGGCGGCGCGUCCCAGGCGCCGGGGACGGAAAGCAGCAGCGCGGAGAUGGUGCUCCCCGGCUUUAGAGACGCCGAUGCCUUCGUGAAGCAUGCUCUCGGCACGGUGGUCUCGGCCACCAAGGCUUCGACCGGCCUCCCUCAGCCCGGCGACGAAUACGAUUUCUACCGCAGCUUCCCGGGGUUCCAGGCGUACUGCGAAAUGCAAGGAGAAAGAUUGCUGCAGUGCAUGAGCAAGGUGAUGCAGUACCACGGGUGCCGAAGCCACCUCCAAGACCACAGCAAGGUCACAGAGCUGGAGGACAAAUUUGACCUGCUGGUCGAUGCCAACGAUGUCAUCUUAGAGCGAGUGGGCGUGUUGUUGGACGAAGCUGCCGGGGUGAACAGGAACCAACAGCCAGUCCUUCCCAUGGGUUUACAGCCUCCCAAGACGAUAAUCUCUAGCUGGAAUCGCAAGCAAAACCGAGAAGCCAGCACGAGGACCAACCCGGAGACAUUUCGCCUUCUCCACGCAAAGAACAUUGUCCGUCCUCAGCUCAGGUUCCGUGAGAAGGUGGACAACUCCAACAUCCCGUUUGUGCCCAAGCUCUUCGUGAAGCCCAAUGCUCUGAAGCCCCUGCCCCAAGCGCUCCUGAAAAGCCGGCAAGAGCAGAAGGAGCGCCCGGAAGACCUGGACGUGCCGGCUGCCCUGGCUGACUUCCUCCACCAGCAGAGAGCCCAGCAGACUGAGCAAGACAUGUUUGCUCACCCUUACCGGUAUGAGCUGGAACGUUUUUCGGUGCCAGCAGAAUUUCUCGAAAAGCCUCAGGUCCAGAUGUUCCAGCCGCUUGCCGAGACGCCCUGUCACUUCGUCUCCAGCUUGGAGGGGUUGGUGGAACUGAACGAGAAGCUGGUGGGCUGCAAAGAGUUCGCGCUGGAUUUGGAGCACCAUUCGUACCGGAGUUUUCUGGGGCUGACGUGCCUGAUGCAGAUUUCUACCCGAACCGAAGACUUCAUUGUCGACACCUUAGAGCUCCGCAGCGACUUGCACAUCUUGAACGAAACGUUCACCGACCCUGCGAUCGUCAAGGUCCUUCACGGUGCCGAUUCGGACGUGGAGUGGCUUCAGAGGGACUUCGGCCUCUACUUGGUGAACGUCUUUGAUACUCACCAGGCGGCUCGGCUGCUCAGCCUGGGGCGGCACUCUCUGGACCAUCUGCUCAAGCUGUACUGCACCGUGGAUGCCAAGAAACAGUAUCAGCUGGCGGAUUGGAGGAUCCGUCCGCUGCCAGAGGAAAUGGUCGUUUACGCCCGCGGGGACACCCACUACUUGCUCUACAUCUACGACCGACUGAGAGAAGCUCUCUGGGAAACGGCCAACGAGCAGCCCGCCCAGCUCCAAGUGGUUUGGCAGCGAAGCAGAGACAUCUGCUUAAAGAAAUACAUCAAGCCCAUCUUCACAGACGACUCGUACCUCGAGCUUUACCGGAAGCAAAAAAAGCACCUUAACACCCAGCAACUAACAGCUUUUCGGCUGCUCUUUGCCUGGAGGGACAGGAUGGCGCGCCAAGAGGAUGAGAGCACAGGAUACAUCCUUCCCAACCACAUGUUAUUAAAAAUAGCUGAAGAGCUGCCCAAAGAGCCCCAGGGAAUCACUGCCUGCUGUAACCCAGUUCCCCCUCUUGUUCGCCAGCAGCUGAAUGAAAUGCAUCUGCUCAUCCAUCAGGCUCGAGAGAUGCCCCUGUUGAAGUCCGAAUGCGCAGUUGGCAUGAAAAAGAAAGAGCCGCUUCAGAAUUUAGAGAAGCCAGAGAACCGUUUGUUUGGGCCCCACGACAGCUCCCACAGUCCUCAGGACGAGAAGCUAAACUAUUUGGAUCUCGCCCCUGGACUGCCUUUGGAACACGCAAGUCUCUUUUCAGACCCAGAACCAGGGUCAGACCAGAUGGGCAAGCCUCCGAGUUCACUGUGCCUCCAGUUAAGAGCUAGCAUCAGUAUUUUUAACGAGCCCAAAGAGGAUGAAGAAAAAGGCAAGAACUUAACGGUGGCCCAACAGAAAGCUCAGCAUAUCAUGGAGUCCUUUGAGAACCCCUUUCGAAUGUAUUUGCCAGCAGAGCUGAACCCGGUUCACAUCUCUCAGGCUGCAAAGUCUGACCCGUCCUCAAAAAUCUACGAGAUCAGUAAUCGGUGGAAGCUGCUGAGCCAGGCCCAGCUCCUGGCAGGAGCAAAGAAAGAAUCCGCAAAGCGAAAACUUCAGGCAGCCUCCUCUCCCCAAGCAGCCCCAAAGGAUGCAGAGAAGAAGCCCAAACUGAAAGACGUGAAGGAGGUCUCUGUUCGCCAGUUAGCCGCACAACAGCACACCGCUCUGAAGCAGGAGACAGCAGACUGCAAUCCUGCGACGGAGACGCCCAAGAGGAAAAGGGCCAAGCCAUCUCCCCAGCUGGAAGCAGAUGCUGCCGCCAACCCUUUCACUCCCUUCGACUACAGCAAAUCCGAUCUCCGAGUGUUUGCCGGGAGCAGCAAAUCGAAGCCGCCACCACAAUUUAAUCCCGCGAGCCAGUCCCACGGCAGCAAGAAAUUUUCAGGAGCCAGCAAAACACAGCAGCCAGCAGGAACAAAAAGCGUCUCUUACACAGCUGGAAAAUCCAGCAGGGGCUUUCGGCACAACUGGCCAAAAAGAUAAUACAGUCCAAGGAAGCUCCUGGAAGACGCCACAAAUCGAGCAACUGCUGCCACUUUUUGUAUGGAUACCUGUUUUCGAUGUUUUUUUAAAGAAAUGAUUAAAGUGCUUUUCUUUCCCCUGAAAAGGAAGGGAGGAAAGUUUAAAUUGAA